CAGACUUAGCUGUUCUGGGAAGGCGUGGGAUAUCAUGGAAGUGACUUACCUAGGCGUGUCGUCAAACACGCAGUACAUUUCGACACUCUCCUCGCCAUAUCCAAGUUAAUGUUAACUCGGCGCUCCUUAGGUUUCAACAGGAGGGUCGCAAGGAAGGAUAAUGGGACUGCUUCAUAUAGGCACUAACAUGAUCAUUAAGGCUCCCUAAACCUGCUGAGACCUUCAAAGAUGCAAGCAGCAAAUCCUCCCGCUCCACCACCACCUCCUCCACCGCUACCGCCACCUCCUCCACCACCACCUCCAGCUCCUGGACUUCCCCAGCAUGGAGCUGGCCUCAUGGAUUGGGGAGACCGCCGGCGGUCCAGGAUGCGCAAUUUUAACUGGGAAGCUCUUCCCAAACACAGCGUGAUUGGAAAGCAUAACAUAUGGACAUCAGAUAAGACCGAUGGCCAGUAUGAGCUGGACACGGAUCACAUGGAGGAGUUGUUUAGUCACAAACAUGGUCAGCAACAUCCAAAGGCCCUGAACCGCUUAAGUGUGAGGGGGCAGCUACCUUCUGGCACUGGAGGAGAGAUGGUUACCAUCCUCGGCUCCAAAAGAAGCAUGAACAUCGGAAUAUUCCUGAAGCAGUUUAAGCGCCCUGUGAAGGAUCUGAUUCAGGACAUUCAGUCGGGAAAUGGGCUCAGUUUUGGCACAGGAAAACUGCGGGAAAUGUGCAAGUUGCUGCCAGAUGAAGGGGAGAUGAAGCAGUUGGUUGGUUUUAAAGGUGACCCAUCAGCCCUCCCUGAAGCUGAUCUGUUUAUGCUAAUGCUGAUAAAGAUGCCCAGUUAUGAGGAGCGCCUGAGCUGCUUGGUGCUGAAGGAGGAAUUCUUCACUCUCAUGAAGGAAAUAAGAGGAUUCAUUGGUACGCUGACAGAAGCUGGAAAAGAGCUGUUGGAGUGUGAUAAUUUACACUCUGUCAUUCGCUUGGUGCUGAAAACAGGAAAUUACAUGAAUGCUGGGGGCUACGCAGGCAGUGCAGUUGGCUUCCGUAUGUCAUCUCUCCUGAAGUUGGCAGAUACCAAAGCAAACAAACCUGGAAUGAAUCUCAUGCAUUAUGUUGUGAUGCAAGCAAAGAAGGUAGAUGUGGCACUGCUGAAAUUUCCAGACCAACUCAAACACAUUGAAGCUGGAUCAAGGAUAAUUAAAGGUGACAUUGAAGCUGAGAUUGAAAGACAGAAGAAGAAAGUACAAGUCGCCAAAGCAGACACUUUGAAACAGGAAGACCUAAAAGAGCAGAUGGAGGGUUUUCUAAAGAAAGCUGAUGUUUGUUUGGAAGAAGUAGAGACUCAUUUUGAAGAACUUCAGGCUGUAAGUGACUCUGUGGCUGAGUACUUCUGUGAAGACUCCAAGACUUUUAAGCUGGAGGAAUGUUGUUCUAUCUUUAAUUCUUUCUGCCAAAGGUUUAUCCGGGCUGUGCAGGAAAACAAGGCCAGAGAGAUGGCAGAGAUGAAACGGAAACACAUCGAUAGAUUAGAGAAUGCAGCCAAGCGCCGUUCCACUGCUACCUGUUCAAGUAGAGACAAGGAAAUGGAGGGAAUUGCAUUAGAGUGUGUUCUUCAAAACGCCCUAACUAAUCGCGUCUCUAGGAAGAAACUGGGGAAGCCUUCAUCAACCAAUGAAAGCCCCACAAGAGGGAGUCCAGUUAAUGGGAGCUUGUCAGAAAUCAAUUCUCAGACAAACUUUUCAAAUGGAACGCUACACCAUCGGAACACUUUCAGAGCCAAAGAUAUGGUCAAAAAAGAGUGGAAUUCUGCAUUUGAGCUCACAGAGAACUUUCCACAAAAACAAGAACAGUCACAUGUUCAAGAGAAUAACUCUAAGAACAUAGCUACCUUCGAAGAAAAGACAAAACCGUUGGACAAAGUGUAUUCCCAGGAUUCAGCGAGCCAAUCUAAAACAACCCACACUCUUCCCAAAAUUAGAUCUAUCUCUGCCACUUCUGAAGAUGAUGAAGAGGAAGAUAUACAAGACAAUAAUGAGGAAGAGGUCCAAAAGUUGCGUGAAGCCGCUAGGAAGGUUUUGAAGUACCAGAACAGUCGUGGAAGUUCUUCCUCUGUGGAUCACUCUCUGGAAAACCAGAAAUCCCCUCCUGUCAAGAAGACCUUGGCUCGCCAGUUCACCUUUGACGAGGAAACGCAAAGAUAUCCUGGAGACCCAACUCAUGAGGAUUUGAUUCAGUUUUUGCUUGGCCCACAGUCCUCCACAAAACACAAUCUUGGCCGCCGACACACUGUUCCUACUAAAGUUUCUAAAACGCAAAAAGAGAAAGAAAAUGCGCAGCCUCAGUCUUCAUCUAGAAGUCCAAAUCCUUUGGCACAAAUCAAGGAACCCCAGCAAAGACAGGAUGUUGAAGACACACCUUCAAAAGAGGCAUUUGAUUUCACUGACAUUUCAAACAAGAUAAAAAAAUCUCAUAGUCUGGAUCAGAAUUCUCCAUUGGCAGGAAAGAAAAAUAAACCAAGCGAUUCCUUGGACCAAGUUUCAGAAACAGGGCUUCAGGAAAACCAAGGACAAACAUCAAUGGAGUGCACAGAGAGCCACCAACACACUAAUGUUGAAAACAUUCUUCCCAGGAGCGUGUGGUUAAAGACUGAGGGCUCUGGAUUUUUUUUCAGUUUCUUAAGACGCCUUGGAGACAUAAGCAAAUCACCAAGCAGCAAAGAAGCUGCUCCUAAUACCACAGAUUCAAGUGUGUAGGCUUUAUAUUCAAAAAUUAUGGGAAUGGUUGUAUUAAUUUAAAAUGUAACUCAUGUGUUACUUAAUCAGACAUUAAUAUAGUUGAUUUGUUGUUAUAUUAUAAUAGUGUAGCUUUUUAAUUUUUGAUCUUGAUAGAAAGGUAAAGAUAUGAAAGGAAGUUGUGAAAAAUUGUUUGGGGAAUGUUUUAUUAAGAGAAGACAUUUCGCAUGUUUUACCACUAGAUGGCGAGAGUUAACAUUGAUUGGGUUGAAUAUAGAUUCAUUGAAACUUUGCAGGUAGUUUGUAAGUUGAUUGCUAAAAGAGAGGGAGACACACAGACUGCAAGAUAUUUACAUCUAUUUUAAAAAGAAUUGUUACAUUUUUGUUUUAUUACAUUUUUACAUUCAAUCACAUGUUAGAUAAAUUUUAAAAGACUUACAUUGUGUGUCUUGGUCUGGGAAAAAAAGCAAUAACGGAACAGAAAGUACAGAGAAAGUGAUGAGAAGGUCAAAGUUAAGAGAUUCUGACAUUGAGAAAUGAAAGUAUGUUAGGAAUUUUAUUUGUUUAUUUAUUGUUUUUCUUUAGUGAUUGUGUGCAAUGUCUGCUUGUUUACAGUUUGGCUAAUUUGACAUGGAAUUAUGAUUUUAUUUGUAAGCUCUCAUUCCUCUGAUUCUCAGCCUCUGGUUGCUGUUGAAGCUCAGUAAAGGAGCAGCCGCUUGUCAUUUCUCUCAGUCACGCUGAAUUCAGCUAUUGUUUUUAUGUGAAAUGGGUCAGUGUUACAAAGGCUGUCUGUAUCUGAGCAGAGCUGAAUGAGGGCCAGUAUCUGUCAAAGAAAAGAAUGCAGAUUCUAACUUGAGAAGAUAUGUUUAAUAUUGUUACAAAAACUUUGACACUGUUAAAAUUACAACAGAACCUGUUGUCAUACAGAACAGCUCAAUUACACCCUCUUUGUCCUCCUUUAAUUUGGAAAAAAGGCAAAAGCUCACAGAAGCCCCAAUCUUUUGUGACAUACAUGGCAGUUACUCAUUUAUGUUGAACUUUUUUGGAUAUCUCACCGUCUAACAUAGAAUAUAGAACCUUUUUACUAUUAUUUGCUGGUUCCAAUUAUGCGCAAUGAUGCAAUGAAAAUGAGUAAAAUAUUUGGAUUUAUCAGACUCAUAGCUGUUACUGUUUCUUUGAAAAAAAUUAUUUAAAUGACUGUGAAAUAUCAACUUUAAAAUUAUAAAAAAUGAAAACAUUGUGUGCCAUUUUAUCUUUGUAACUCUUUCUAUAUGUAGAAAUAGGUCAUUUAGAAAAUAGGAUUUGUGUGCAUGAAUAAACAGGAGUCAUGUCUAGUCUCCAGCUUACUGUAUUUAUGUAUAUUUAUGAUCAGAAAUUCCAUACAGAUUUGUACCUUCAUUCAAAAUGUUAAUAUAAUUAUUUAAUACUAUGUAUAAUAUGUGAUUAUUUUUUUAAUUGAGUUUGAUUUAUUAAAGAUGUGUAAACAGAAA